GCACAUUUAAAACUUCCUCAAAAGUCCAUAUUUUAAAUGAAAAAAAGCAAUGGGCGUUGUAUUUCGAAGUCUAAAUACAAUGAGUACGCUUCAUUGUAAACAAAUGAUUUGAAAUAGUUAAAUUCUCGAUCAUUGAUUAAUAUUUUCCCGGGUUUCGAAUUUGAAUGUAGAGAUAUUUCGUUCAGUGUAAUUUCAUAUUAUCGCCCCUGAACCACGUACAAAUUUUUGGGAAAGCCGCAUACGUUGUAAUUCCUGCAGUUUAAGCUCUAUUAGUGACAUAAUAAGAUAGCAAGUGACCAUGGCCGCAACACCAGAAGAUUCAGUUCCCGUCAUUGCAGUUACAGCUGCUGUAGGUGCCGUCAUCCUACUCUUCGUCCUAUUAUGUAACAUUGGGAAGAAGUCUGAUAACCAAGAAGAGGAAUCUGAUAAAAAUGAAAAGGUAAAAGAAUCUAAACCAACAAAGGCCCAGCCACAGAAGAAGAAGACUGUUGUCAAAACUCGACCAGAGAAACGCCAAGCCUUCACACAUCCCUGGCUGUCAUGCACCUUAAAGGGUCAUAGUUCACCGAUUCUAGGAAUGGAUUUUAGUGCAAAUGGGAAAUACCUGGCUUCCUGUUCUGAAGAUCGUACAAUUUUGAUGUGGAGUGUCAAAGAAUUCACGCAGAAAGAACACAAGUCAGUAAGAUCAAAUGUUGAGUUGGAUCAUGCUACAAAAAUAAAGUUUAGUCCAGACACCAAGGCCUUUGUGAUUAACCUUUACAAUGAGAACACGCUGAGAGUGAUGCGGAUUGGCAAGAAACCAGAUGGUUCUCUUGGGAACAUAAAUGGAACAUUUGAUUUCCCUAAGAAAUUUACAGCAGAGAUCCUCAACAUUGGUAUAGCCAGCUCAGGAAGAUUCAUCAUGGCUUGCACUAAGGACACAUCCAUGUAUAUUUAUGAUCUUAAAGGGGAAGUGUUAGCUACUAUUAAUACUAACCAGCUGACCAACAGUUAUGGUGCAGUUUCUCCAUGUGGAAGAUUUGUAGCCAGCUCAGGUUUCACCCCAGAUGUUAAGGUCUGGGAAGUGAUGUUUGACAAAUCAGGAACUUUCAAAGAAGUUAAGAGAGCAUUUGAAUUAAAAGGCCAUAGGUCAGGUGUAUAUUCAUUUAGCUUCUCAAGUGACUCAAAUAGAAUGGCCUCUGUGUCUAAGGAUGGCACUUGGAAACUGUGGAAUACAUUCAUUGAAUAUGCAAAGGGACAAGAUGCUCAAUGUAUACAAACAGGAACAUAUGAGAAUAACUCAGGGCAUGCCCUCAUUGCCCUCUCUCCAGAUGCGAGGGCUGUUGCCAUAGCAACAACAUAUACAAUAAGCGUCUAUAACGCAACCAAUGCUCAGCAAGCCCAAGUCAUAACUGACGUACAUGCAAUCCCUAUUACAGAGUUAAGUUUUGACAAUAACAGUAAAUACUUUGUAUCCACGGGUGACAAACAAAUCCACGUUUUCCACAACAUCGUCGGUUA